UAAGAAAAGGCCAAAACCCUUGUCACCAAAAACUUGUAUAAAUCAAUAUUGCAUGCUUUCAGUAUUCUUUGAAUCACAAUUAAACACAAUGUACAUGCACAGUUAAGAUAUCAAUGGAGCUUUACAUCUUCAUCUUCAUCUUUUCAUGUCUGUGUCUCCUUCUCAAGCCACUUUUUCACCUUCUUCUUCCUCCAUCAAAUCCCGCUACUAACCUCCCGCCAGGACCUUCUAAGAUUUCCCUUUUAGCCAGAUUCUUUCUGGGUAGAAAAUCUUUUUAUGAACUGGGUCCUAUUAUUUCUAGCCUACGUAAGAAAUACGGCCCUCUCAUCACUGUCCAUCUUGGCUCCCAACCUACCCUUUUCAUUACCAACAGUUCUCUUGCUCACCAGGCUCUUAUCCAAAACGGUGCAGUUUUUGCCGAUCGUCCUCCUUCCAUUAACAACCUUAUUGCCAGCAAUUCUAAGAAGAUCAUCAGUAAAUCUCCUUAUGGACCUAUCUGGCGUGCUCUCCGUCGUAAUCUUACUUCAGGUGUUCUUCAUCCUGCCCAACUUAAAUCUUUCUCGCGUGUCCGAAAGCGAGUCCUCAGUAAUUUGAUUCGCAGCCUUGGAGACGACUCUGAAGUUAACAAGGUUGUUUACGUGGAAAAACAUUUUCGCCAUGCAAUCUUUUCCUUGCUGGUUCUCCUGUGUUUUGGUGAAAAUGUCGAGGAGAACCAGAUUGUAGAGAUAGAAAAUGCACAGAUGAAACUUUUCAAGAGUUUCCCCAGGUUUAAGGUGUUCAUCAUGAUGCCCAGACUGGGAAAAUUCUUAUUCAAAAAGCUAUGGAAAGAGCUAAAUGAAAUAGUUACAGGCUUCGAUGAUUGCAUAAAACCCCUAAUCUGGCUGAGAAAGAAAGAUUUAGAACAGGAAAUUUCAAGAACAGAUCAGGACUGCACUUUCUAUGUGGAUACAUUGCUAAACUUGCAAGUUCCUGGAGAAGAAGGGAAAAUUACAGAUGCAGAGGUGCUCGGAUUGUGCAAUGAAUUCAUUGCUGCUGGCACAGACACAACGAUGCUUUCUUUAGAGUGGAUCAUGGCGAACCUGGUCAAAUAUCCAACCAUUCAGGCCAGGAUUCUGGAGGAAAUAAAAGCUGUUACAGGAGACGAAGGAGAAUGCAUCAAAGAAGAAGAUUUACAGAAGAUGCCUUAUCUAAAAGCAGUCAUUCUUGAAGGUCUAAGGCGCCACCCACCAGGAUAUGCACUGGCUACCCCACAUGCAGUGACAGAAGACAUAGAGUUGGGUGGCUAUACAGUACCUAAAGGUACUGCAGCAAAUUUCCUGAUAGCUGACAUGGGCAGAGACCCUAACAUCUGGGAUGAUCCUAUGGAGUUCAAGCCUGAAAGAUUCUCCAGAAAUGAAGCUCAGGAUUUUGAUGUUACAGGGAUUAGAGAGAUAAAAAUGAUGCCGUUUGGUGCAGGAAGGAGGAUAUGCCCUGGUUACGGAUUGGCUAUGCUUCAUUUGGAGUAUCUUGUGGCAAAUUUGGUAUGGCAGUUUGAGUGGAGGCCAGUUAAUGGGGAAGAUGUUGAUCUUACUGAGAAAUAUGGUAUUACUAUUUCAAUGAAGAAUCCUUUGCGAGUUCUUUUAUCUCCUAGAUUUUGAUAUCAAUGAAAUUCUGAGGUUACCAUUGCUGUCUCAAGCUGAUGGCAACAUUUAGGGUUACUAUAUGAUGUUUUGUGGUAAUAAACUAUAUCAAUUUCGGUUGAUGUUUGUGUUAAA